CCGCCCGCCCUCCCGCCUCCCCCCGCCCGCGCCUGCCCCCUCACAGCUCGGCAGGUCGGGGCGUGAGGCGGCGGCGAGCGCUCCGGUGCGGCGCGGUGGCUGCGGAGGGGUGAGGCGGGGCGCCCCCGAAAUGGCGGCCGCCCUGGCUCUCUGCUUUCCUGAAUCCAGCAAAGGACCAGAGCCAGCAAGAAGAAAGUGGGUGGCAGAAAGCAUUUGAAGAGGACUGACCAUUUGCACUGCUGCUGUAAGCUGCCUUGGUGGUGAAAGUAACUUGUUGAGCCAGAAGGAUGCGUGAGUAUACAGAAAAGAAGGAAACAUGUGGGACAAUCUGUCUCAAGUACCUGCUCUUCAUCUUCAACUUCUUUUUCUGGUUGGCUGGCGGGGCCGUGAUGGCAGUGGGCACCUGGACUCUAGCUGAGAAGAGUGACUACAUCAGUCUGCUCUCCUCCAGCACGUAUUCGGCAACUGCUUAUAUUCUGGUGGUAGCCGGGGUGGUUGUCAUGGUUACUGGCAUCCUUGGUUGCUGUGCCACCUUCAAAGAGCGUCGGAAUUUGCUAAGAGUGUACUUCAUACUGCUGCUGUGCAUCUUUCUGCUGGAGAUCAUUGCUGGAAUCCUGGCCUAUAUCUAUUACCAACAGCUGAGCAUGGAGCUGAAGCAAAAUUUGAAGAACACCAUGACCCAGAAGUACCGGAAGGAGGGAGAAGAGAGUGUUACCAGUGCAGUAGACAAACUGCAGCAGGAGUUCAAGUGCUGUGGGAGCAACAACUACACGGACUGGGCUGACAGCCUGUGGAUCAAAUCGCCAGAGGCCAGUGGACGAAAAGUCCCAGACAGCUGCUGUAAGACGAUAACCGACCUGUGUGGCCGAAGAGACCAUCCUUCCAACAUCUACAAGGAGAGUGGUUGCAUUACCAAGCUGGAAAACUUCAUUCAAGAGCAUCUGAAAAUUAUCGGGGCGGUGGGGAUCAGCAUUGCUUGCGUGCAGAUCUUUGGGAUGAUUUUCACCUGCUGCUUGUACAAGAGUUUAAAGCCAGAACCGUAUUAAUAGCUGCGGGAACCCUGUCGCUCCCCCUCUGCCACUUCCCUUAGCACCUGCCAACCCGACCACUCUCCACCACCACCACCACCACCACAGAAGUGUCUGUAACCUGAGGACUUGGCUCUGUAAGUGAACGCUUCGUGAACCGCGCACCGCCUCACCCUGCCCCCUUUGGGGGGAAAGUUGCCCUCCUUGUUGUGCACAAAGCAGCCAGGAGUUCAGCGGGUCCUCUUCACCGUCACGAAACACAAGAGCUGUGGCUCUUCUGCUAGAAGCUUUAGCGAAACAGUCCCUCGACAUAACUACAAAGCAAGAUUUAUCCAGGGCCAUUUCUCUUGAGGCUUUUCCUGAGCCAACAUGAAGGGAUCGGGAUGCUGUACAAGAACCACGGUUUGCUCUCUGAGAAGUGGCUCAGCGGCACGAGGCAUUGACUGAGAGGACAGAUGAUGUUUCUGCGCUGAGCUGGAGCCAGAGCUGAGUCUCUCAUACGCGGAAGGUUUCUCUCCCUCCUCCCAAGUGUGCACCAAUGUCCUAACACAGCUGAUCCCUGCCUGACAGGAGUUGUUACUCUCCCUGCUCAUCGGGAGCACCACUUGACGCAGUUGAAAUCUUGUCAUGACUCCGAUGUUGCCAAGAUGUGGGUGCCUUAGGAUUUCUCAGCAAUCCUCCUUCUUUUUCCUUGAAGCUUCCCCCAGCACAGUGCCAUUAGGAGCCACAAGAGGCCUUUUUGCCUCCUAGUGAUUCUGGAGCAAAGAUGAUGGACUUUUGGGUCUUGUCUGUUUUAUUGAGUGGCUUCCAGUGUGAGUAAGAAAACUUUGCUUCCUCCUACCCAUCCCCUGCUGAGGUUUGGUGAAGAACUGGUCUGUUUGUGAAGCUGGCAUAUCUUGCUACCCUUUGGCCUGUCCGGUUAGUAGAAAUACCUUCUCAUCUCUCUCAUGUGUUGAGAUGCCCUUGGCUUGAUUUUUCUAAUUAAAACCUCCAGGCUUGUCUCUCUUGGGCAGGAAAUUAACACGUACAAAUGUUUUAUCAGCCUCCAAAGAGCUCAUUAAUCAGCUGAGGAUUUUCUGGCUUUAACGAGAUCUGGAAGCCCACUUUACUGGUUGCUGCUGAGAAGGUCAGGAGAGUCAGCUCCAACCAGUUGCCCCUGUGUACUCGGUAAAUUGAUAGUGCUGGGUUAACUGCCUGGUUGCUGCAAAGGAAUAGGUUUUCAUUAAAAAUUCUCUCUGCAUUGGGAUCCUGGAUACACACAGGACAUCGGCAUCCCCGCUGCCGUGGACGUAGUGCCGUCAUGAUGCCAGCAGGGUCUUUAGCCUGAAUUCACAGGAUCUUGUGCGCCUCUUGUCUGGUUCUCACCUCCCUGGUAUGCCUGUUACACCCCUGAAACAGAAAGGGCUGUGGGGUUUUGGUGUUUCUAAGCAGUGAAGACCAGCCCAAUCCUUUAAUAAACAAAUUUAUUCCCUUCCCUGGCUUUUCAGUGGGUCCGGCUGAGCCCUGUCCCUUGGCAGCAGUUAACGUGAGCAAAAUCACCCAGACCCCUAAAGGGUCUUGCAGCAUCCUGGGGCUUUUAGCUCACAGAGCAGAAAUCUUGGACUGGCGCAAAAGGGUGACAAGUUAAAAUUCAGAGCAGGUCAAUCUGAAACUCCCCCAUCAACAUCAGUCCCAUGAAAUAAUCCUUGACUAAUGCAGAGAGGUGGAGGAACUGAGGUGUAUCCUUGGUUCCACAGCAGUAGGAAAGAGGGGAAAGGAAUCUAAAUUAUUGUGUAAUGAUCUAAAGGAGAAAUCUCUAAAUUAUUUCUUGUUUCAUAAUCAAGUUCCUGACAAGUAUUGACUACUAACUGAGAGGAGAAUAUUGAGCAUGUUUCUUGAAGCAAUAUUUAUGGUUUCUUAAGCAUAUCUUCAUAUCUGCCUUCCCCCAUUCCCUUCAAAUACGUUGUACAGGGUUGGGAAAGGCCAGGAAGAAUGGCUUGUGUCCAUUGAGUUGUUUUAUACUUUUUCUCUGUGUAAUAACAUUCAUUGCUUUUUUUUUUUUUUUUUGGUGUUUAAGUUGCUGGCCAAUAGAAAA